UGCGCACUGGGCCGGCCCGGCCGGCGGGCUGUGUCGUGAGGUGGGUACCCGUCGACCCCCUCGGCCGUAGCAGCGUCCCUCAGCUGCGAAAUCAUUUCACAAAGAAGUGAUAAUGCACCAUGGCAGCAGCUCUCAGAGCACCCAGCACCACAUCCAGAGGCCCAGGUCCUUCCCUGGCAACGAAGGAGAGGAGCAGCAGGCCCACCCAGCUCUGCCCCAGUCCCCCACCGUGCUCUUCAUUUCCUCGGCAAGCCCACCUACACCCCAGUCCCCCAGUUACCAGAUACAGCAGCUGAUGAGCAGGAGUCCUGUGGUGGGGCAGAACGUGAACAUCACCCUGCAGAACAUUGGCCCCUUUGUGGGAGGAAACCAGCAGAUCACUCUGGCCCCUUUACCGCUCCCUAGCCCCACCUCUCCUGGUUUCCAGUUCAGUGCUUAGCUGAAGUGGUUUGAGCAUGGGUCUCCAUCCGGUUACAGCCAGGUUACUUCGCCCCUUUCCCAACAGGUCCAGACUCAAAGCCCCAUGCAGCUCAGUCCUGGGCCAGGGCAGGCCCUGCAGAGUGUGUGUGCUGGUGCCCCUGGGCCUGGGCUGGGCAUCUGCAGUGGCAGCCCCACCGGAGGUUUUGUGGAUGCCAGCGUGCUCGUCAGACAGAUCAGCUUGUUUCAGGAGGGCUCAGGACUCACCAAGAUUGCUCAGGGAGCCCAGGUUCAGCUCCAGCAUGUGGGGACUCCCAUCACAGUCCAAUGAAGGCUGUCACAACCUCACGUGCAGCCCAGAGGCACCAUCCACUACCUGGGACCCCAGAACCUUGUGCCCGUGGAUGGGGCCAGCAUGCAGCCUCUGGCCAGCCCAAGCCACAUCACCACAGUGAGCUUGUCCCCCCAGAACAGCAGCAUCAUCCAGGGCCAGCUGAUUCAGCAGCAGCAUGUGCCACAGGGGCUGCCACUGACCAGGCCUCUGGGGUUUGAGAGCACUCCGGGCAUGCUGUUCCCUGGGGUCAGGGGGUCUUUGACGUUUGGGAUGACAUCUCCAUCCCCACCUACCAGCCCUUCCAGGAUGCCCAUGCCCCUAGGCCUUUCCAGCCUUCCCCUCCCAUCUGCGGGUGCAGGAGUGAAGAAGGCUCUUAGGAAGUUGGAGGUGAUCCCCCUGGCUUCCCAGGAGAUGGCGUAGAUGAGAAAGCAGUGCCUGGACUAUCUCUACAAGGAAAUGGAGGCACUGAGGGAGGUCUUCAAGGAGUACCUGAUCAAGCUGUUCUUGCAGCACCUUCAGGGGAAUGUGAUGGACUUCUUAGCUUUCAAGAAGAAAGAUUAUGCUCCAUUGCAAGCAUAUCUUAGGCAGAAUGAUUUGGAUCUUGAGGAAGAAGAGGAGAAGGAACAGUCUGGAGUUAUUAAUGAUGUAACAAUUCUCGAGUUUAAUUAUUUGUCAUGGGAAAUGGAUCUCAGGGCUUAUAUGGGCACACAAGUGAAAUUCAGAGUUUAUCAUCUUUUUUUUGGUUUUGUUUUUCUUUUAAUUUUUUAUAGCCAGCAGCAGGGACUGGAGACCAAGCUUCGAGCGCUCACACAAGGUCACAGAUACUUGGGCUUCCCAGUCGUGGAGAGUGGAGGAAUGUCCCCCACUGCUCAGGCCGUGCAGCACACGGGACAGAAGCAGACUCAGCAGCAGAACAACCCGUCCACAGGGUCCCCUGUGCAGAGCACUACCAGCUUGCACACCCUGCUGCCACAGCUGCUUGGGAGGCUGCCCCCGGCCAGCGUCUCUGCCACAACACCUCUGCAGGCCUCCCAGCAGCAGGCAAGCAGCACCCCUCCCACAAGCAACAAAUCGGCGUCUCCUGUUGCACCCAGACCUGCGGGGUUGGCUGUGGCCAUGGUCCCCAGAGCCCAGAACACAGCCCACGCUUCAGCAGUCCAGCCACAUCAGAGCUGCCAGGACAAAGCUGCAGAGCAGAUAAAGCUAGAAAACAAGAUCCAUCACUGUAUAGGGGAGUUGUGGAAAGCAGGUCUGUGGUCCCUAAGGCGGCUGCCAAAGCUGCAGGAGGUGCCGUGCCCCAGGGCUCAUUCAGACUGUCUUCUGGAGGAGAUGCAGUGGAUGGCCACAGACUUUGCCCAGGAGAGGAGGUGGAAGGCAGCUGCUGCCAAGACGAUGGUCAGAACAGUAGUGGAAAGGAAGCGCCAUGAAGUGAGAUCCAGAAAGGAGGCUCAGAGCAAGCUGAGGCAGAUCGCUGCCUCCACUGCCAGAGAAAUAGAGUUUUUCUGGUCUAAUAUCGAGCAGGUAGUAGAAAUUAAACUGCAAAUUGAAUUUCAAGAGAAACGAAAACAGGCAUUAAAUUUGAAUAAAUAUUCCAAAAGAGGCAAGGAGUCCGGGUUUGAAGUGAGUGCUCCCCUGGAAAGCAGAGGUGAGAUGGAUUCUCCUUCCCAAAAGAAAAACAAAGUGAGCACAUCUCUGACUGAUGAUGAAGUGGAAGAUGAGGAGGAAACAAUUGAAGAACAAGAAACAAAAGAAGGAAACAUCAAUCAUCAAGCCGAGCUGGCUGCCUUGGUCAGGGAAGGUAACUGACUUGCCCUGGAUGACUUACUGAAGUUGUAUGAAGGGGCACUUGUAGAGAACUUCAGAUGGCACCAGCUGGUCCUUGGGAACAAAGAAUCAACCAAGGAGGAAGAAACGGAACAGAUUCUGAGUGACAGAGAGAAGGAAGUGGUCAUCAUAGAUUCACUCCUCAGCUCUGACCAGUGUAAAGGAGCAGAGAGGACAGGUGUGGCCAUGGAGAACACAAGGGACAUUGCAGAAGUGGCCGCAGCUGCAGAGAUCUUGCUGCCCAAAGGCAGUGCUCGGAUCACAAUAGCAGUAAAAUAUAAUACUCCAUCUCUGUUAUACAAAGCUCUGCGAGAAUAUCAGAAGAUUGGGCUGGACUGGUUGGCAAAACUGUACAAGAAGAAGCUGAAUGGCAUCCUGGCCGAUGACGCCGGCCUUGGGAAGAUGGUACAGGUCAUUGUGCUCUUUGCAUACCUGGCCUGUAAUGAAGGUAACUGGGGCCCCCACCUCAUCAUGGUAAGAAGUUGUAACAUACUGAAGUGGGAGCUUGAGAUAAAACGCUGGUGCCCUGGUUUGAAGGUCCUUUUGUAUCUUGGUCACCAAAGAGAGUGCAGAGCAAAGACACAGGAAUGGAUGGAACCCAACAACUUCCACAUCUGUAUAACCUCCUACAAGCAGUUCUUCAGAGGCCACCACACCUUGGCCAGAGUGUGGUGGAACCUUGUUGUUGAUGAGAUGCAACAAGUGAGGAACAUGACCGAGAGGCACUGGGAUGUGCUCUUCCUCCUGCGCAGCCAGCACCGUCUACUCCUGAUAGACAGUCCUCUGCAUAACACCCUCAUGGAGCUGUGGACCAUGGUGCAUUUUCUCAUCCCAGGCAUCUCCAGGCCCUACUUGGACUUCCCAGUGAAAGCCACUGAGGAGAACCAGGAUUACACCAGGAUUCCAUUGCCCAUAUUAAUUGUAAUGAAAAUUUAUGCUGUCUUUUAGAUGAUUCAACCAUUUAUUUUAUGAAGAUCUAAAUGAGAUAUUGAAAAGCAACUGACUAAGAAAUAUGAACAUAUAUUAAAAUGUUGUCUUUCCAAUCGUCAGAAGGCCUUAUAUGAAGAUGUUAUACUACAACCCAGAACUCAAGAAGCUCUGAAAAGUGGGGAGUUUGUCAGUAUCCUUCAUGUUCUGAUGAAAUUGCAGAGAAUUUGUAACCAUCCUGAUCUCAUCACUCCCAGACUUUCAGGCUCUUCCUAUGUAUGGAAAACCUUGGAAUUUAGAACAGCUUCUCAGAUACUUCAGGCAUUGGAGCACGAAGUGUGGAAGGAUACUGACAUGUCAAUAUUUGAUCUGAUUGGGGUAGAAAAUAAAAUGACAUAUUAUGAAGCACAGGUGCUGCCCAGACAGAAGGUAACAAGGAAGCUGAUUGAAGAAAUCUACAGCUCAACCCCUCCUCAGUCAAGACCUAACUCUGUAAAAAUCAAGGCAAGGAGAUUGUUCCAGCCUGUGCCAUAUGGACAAAAGCCAGAGGGUGAGGAAACUGAGGCACAGAGUGGUUUAAGUCUGCUGCCCAAGCAUGGAGAGCCAGAAAAGACGAGGCUUUUCAAGGAGCAUUUGGACAGAAUAUUUUCUGGUAAUGAGCAGCGAUGUUCCAGAGCUCCAGUGUACGGCAGAGAUUUAUUGGGAAUUUAUUCAUUUCUUGGGGAAAGGAAGGUCCCCCAACAUUCUUUCUCUGGAGAUAAGUGGAGGUGGACAGGCUCCUGGAACUGCUGUCCUUACUCAGAUUUGCCUGAGCCGUCUGCAGGUCUGCUCAAGUAUUUGAUGUUGAUCUUGUGCGAGAAUGACUCCCUGCAGGACACUGUUAAAAGGGUGCUCUGCGUGCUGCCUGCAGUGGUCACUGCUCCUCCGAGUCUGUACAUGGCCAACCGUCCUCCAUCUUAGAGCUGCAAGAUGAAAGUCUUCAAGCAUAAUCUCAGGGAGGAGUUGGCCCCAUAUUUACAGCAGCUGCAGCAGAUGUCGGCCCUGCAUGUGCUGCAGUUCCCUGACCUCAGGCUGGUGCAGUAUGAUUCGGGCAAGUUAGAAGCACUGGCUGUCUUGUUGCAGAAACUGAAAUCUGAAGGCCAUUAGGUGCUCAUUUUAUCUCAGAUGAUUUUAAUGUUGGAUAUCUUAGAGCUGUUUUUGAACUUCCACUUUCUGACUUUCAUCAGGAUUGAUGAAUAUGCCAACUAUGAGUAGCGCCAAGAGUUAAUGAGGAGUUUCAACAGAGACAAGCGGAUAUUUUGUGCCAUUCUGUCAACUCACAGUCGCUCAGCAGGCAUGAACCUCGUGGAGGUAGACACGGUGGUGUUCUAUGACAAUGAUCUGAACCCAGCGUUGGAUGUAAAGGCUCAGGAGUGGUGUGACAGGAUUGGCAGAUGCAAGGACAUCCAUGUCUACAGGCUUAUAAGUGGUAAUUCUGUGGGAGAAAAGCUCCUGAAGAGCGGCACCAAAGACCUGAUCCGAGAAGUAGCUGCCCAGGGGAAUUACUACACCACAGCAUUCUUAACUCAGCAAACUAUUCAGGAGCUUUUUGGGUUCCAUGCUUCUGUGGAUGAUUCUGGCUUCAGAGUCAAAGCUGAGGAGUUGGUUGUGCUAUGCCAGGAGUCACCUGUGGCAGACACCAUCAUACCCAAGCUAGCGAGACCUUUUAUAGAGGCUUUGAAUAGCAUCAAGCAGGAGGACGAGCAGACCCCGAAGGAGGAAGCAGCCACACUGGUCUCAGAGGCCCAGGACCUGAGCUGUGAGGUGGAGCCUUCUCAGCUGGACAAGCUGUUUGCAGUGGUGGAUCAACUCACUCCUAUUGAGAAAUAUGCAUUGAAUUACUUGGAAUUUUUCCACAUUUCUGGAGUCUGGUCCUUGAGUGACAGGGUCAUGCUGGGCAUGUGGCUGUGGGCACCACUGGUCGGCUACAUCCUGCUGCUGAGUCAUGGCCAUGGCUCUCUGUGCGACAGCAUCUAUGCCUUGCAGCUCUGGACCCCACCCACGCCCCCGCAGGAUGAUGGUGACCUUUACAUGGACCCAGUGCUGUGUCUCCUGUACGAGCCCAUGCCAAUCCCUGAGGCGAAGCUGCCACCCAUGCACAUGAGGAAAGAGCACAGGCGGCACCGAGCCAACCUCUCUGCUACCGGGAGGAAGAAGAAGCAGCAUUAUGGGGAAGAAGUCAUCCUUCCUCAGUCCCUGUUUGACCGGGUGACACCUGGCCUGAUGAAGACACGCCAUGAGGGGAAAGAGAAGAACCUCCUGCUGAAGCAGUAGGUGCAGUUUGCCAAGCCUCUACCAGCAGCAUCCAUCAAGUUUACGGGCGAGUCUGCCCCAGAUCUCCCUGAGUGGCUCAUCGGUGAGAACUGGGUCCUGCUGCAGGCUGUGAAAUGGUUACUGGAGCUUCCUCUGAAUCUUGCUGCUGUGUCCCUUGCUCACACACCUAACUGGGAUCUUGUCAGUGACAUCGUUAACUCCUGCAGCCGAAUCUACCGCUUUCCUAAGCAGUGCAGGAAUUGGUAUGAAAAUGUUAUUUUUCCAAGAGAGGAAGGAAAGACCAAGAGUGGCUGACCACUGUGCACCCACCAUAUCUACGCCCAAGACAAAGGUGCCGUACAGACGCAGCUGCACAUCAGUCACUUUCAGGGGAUGACCGUGAUCGCAGGGAAGAGAAGCCCACCCAUUAAACCUCUGCUUGGCAUGAAUCCCUUCCAGAAGAAUCCAAAGCAUGCCUCUGUGCUAGCAGAAAGCACGAUCAACUACAAUAAGCCUUUGCAUCUGAUUCAAGUCGCCUCUCUCCGUGCAGAGCGUAUCACUAAGGAGAAGAAGAUAGUUCAGUCCAUGUGUCGGUCGGGCGCCACAGACCAGUCAGCAGCAGCCAAGCCAGACUCUGCUGCAGACAGCGAUGCAGGCAGGCCAGCAGCCUUCUGUGAGGGGGCAGCCUUCAGUGACCACUACGGCCAGCACGGCUGUCCUACCUCUGUGAGUGGGAAUAUCGUCAUGAGCACAUUCCCUGCCACUUCAGCCACUGCAUUCCCACCUCUGAGCAAGUGCUCGGCCUCGCCAGGGCUACUGGGGACACUAGCAGCCUCAGGGGUUGUGGCUCCUGCCCAGGCCAUUCAGGCCCAGACCCGAGCGGGCAGUUCACCUGUGGAGCCCUUGAAUGAGUUGGCCAUUGCAGCCUCUGCCCAGGUGGGGCUAACAGUCACUGCUGGCCCAACAUCAUCUGUGGCCACUGCCAGUUUAGCUCCAGUGCAGACCCAGAUGCGGGCCUUAACGAGCCAGGGGAUUGCAGGCUCACUGGCCACCACAGCACAGCUUCCCAGCAAGGCGCUCACCCCUGCCCACUGCCAGCUGCUCUGGUGGCAGCACCAGCAGCAGCAGCAGCAAGUGGCCCAGAUGCAAGUUCCACAGGUCCAGGGCAUGGCACAAACCCAGUCUCCAGGCCAAAUAAAAGCUGUAGAGAAAUUAUCCCAGGAGCACUUGAUUAGACUCCAGAAGCAGAAACUGCAGCUGCCCCCUGUUCUCCCGCUGCUACAGGCCCAGGCAGGGCCCCCACAACCCCUGCAGCUGCAGAAUCCCCAGCUCACCAUGGUCACGGCCCCAUGGCCCGGAGCCCUGCUCAUGGGCACCAUCAUGGCCAACCUCCAGGUGGCCCGGCUUACUCGAGUCUCCACCUCACUGCAAGGCCCAGAACAGAUCUCAGUGCCUACACCUCAGUCAGCCCAGGUUGUUCAGGCCAAGCCUCCCGUGGUGUCCAUCCCGGCAGCUGCAGUGUCACCGACUGGGGUCACGGCACUUCCCGUCAGCAUGGCAGGAAUUAGUGUCACCACUGGGCAGCCACAGAAGGCUACAGGACAAACUGUGGUCACAUAGCCUCUGCACUUGCAGCAGCUUCUGAAGCUCAAAUACCACCAGCAGCAGAAAGCUGUGCAGCCCCUGGCUGUCCUGGGCCCCGCUGCCGUGCAACAGAAGAUGAAUGACCAGCAGGUUACUGUUCAAACCCAGCAGCAGGCAGGCCAACAGCCAAAAGUGACGUUCAUACCUCAGCCCACCAUGAAGGCACCAUUUCUGAUAUCCUCCGUGUCUCAGGCCAAGGCCAUGAGGGCCCCGCAGGUGCAGGGCCAGAUACCGAUUGCAAAGACCCCUCAAGUUGCUCAGCAGCAAACACUUGCAGCAAGCCUUCAGCAGAUGGCGUCUGUUGCCCAGCAGGUGAGCUUGGACAGUGACCUGGAGCUGCUGGCCACUCUCAGUUCCUCCAUCUGGUAA